AUGGCUCGUCGUACUAAGAAGGUUGGAAUCGUCGGUAAAUAUGGAACAAGAUACGGUGCCUCUCUUCGUAAGGUGAUCAAGAAAAUUGAGAUCGCCCAACACACCAAAUACGUCUGCCCAUUCUGCUGCAAAGAAGCCGUCAAGAGAACCGCCUGUGGUAUUUGGGAGUGCAGAGCUUGCAAAAAGCAAAUUGCUGGUGGUGCCUUUACCAUGUCUACAAUUUCAGGCGCUACUGUUAGAUCGACUGUCAGAAGACUCAGAGAAGCUAGACAUGCCCAAUAA